AUGUUGCCAACUCCCUGGAAUAAUUGUCUUGUUACUCCAUCGGAAAUCAGACAUAGUGUUAAUUCCGGAGCCCUUUUCCCGGGCAUUCCCCGAGACUACAAGCCCCAUCAGUCUUUGCGGUGCCUCUUGCUAGCCCCUCGAGGCUCGGUGCCGCGGGGACUCCUGGGACUUGUAGGCACCGGCCGCGCACGCGGCUCCUGCGGCUACGAAGCCUGGAGCGAUCCUUGGGCCGGCGGCUUCAAGGAGCUGUGGAAGUCGGGGGGAUAUCCCUAUAGGUUAUCUGGUAGGGAUGGGAGCUGCUUGUCGGCACCACAGCCCGGCUAUGGAGACAGAGGGCAGCGGGAGAGACACACUGAGGCCAAAGGUGGCCACAGGCAGGCUUAUCAUUCCAGUAACCCUCCUUUGUUGCCCCUGGGCGGCCUCCGGAGCUGCUCCGAGAUGAAGGUGGGUAUCAAGCGCAUGACGAGCUAUCUGUACUGGCUGUACUACCAGUACGAGCUGAUCACGUGCAGCUACCUCAUGGAGCCCUGGGAGAAGGUGCUCUUCUACACGGUGAACGUGGCCACGCUCGUGACGCUCGCGUACGCCGCCUACCUCUUCGUCCCGGCCCGCAUCAGCGCGGCCUUCCGCUUCCUCCUGCACUUACUCGGAAAUCAGCCUGAAAAUACUGUUUCUAUCUUGAAAUAA